AUGAGUGUCACCCAUAUAUCGUUGUUUCUACGAAUUGAGCGUACAAAACAGCAUUUGAAAAAACGAAUGACAAUAUUAGAGGAAACAAGACGAAAUAUUUGGAGAGACACUCUUGCAUUACGAAAAGGUCAAACUAUGAAACGAGAUGCUUAUUCUCAACAACUCAUAAUGAGUGAAUAUGAACAGUGUGAAUCUUGCGUUAAUUUGCAAUGUCCACCUGGGCCUAGAGGAGCGCCAGGCCUUGAUGGAGAACCUGGUGCAGAUGGCCUUCCUGGUACACCAGGUAAAGCGGGUAUCGAUGGGAUUGAUAUAUUGGGUCAUGUUGAAUCUAAUUUCCCUUGCGUGAUUUGUCCUGCAGGACCACCAGGCAGUAGUGGACAACAAGGAGAGCAAGGUAGACCGGGUGUUCCUGGAGAAACUGGUCCACCUGGGUUACCUGGUAAGCCAGGAAUGCCGGGUCGAGUGGGACCACCAGGACUAUCAGGUAAGCAAGGCGAGGAAGGCGAUGCUGGUAUGAAAGGACCACCUGGUGAUGACGCUAUUGGUGGAGUAGGUAUCAAAGGGCCACCUGGACCACAAGGACCACGUGGUCCUAAAGGUCCUCCAGGACCAAAUGGUAUUCCAUCAAAUCAUAUGGGACCUGUAGGACCUAUCGGUGAAACAGGACCUUCUGGUCCACCAGGAAAGCGCGGUGAAACAGGACCAUCAGGAUCAAUUGGAUUACCAGGUGAGCCGGGCCCACCAGCAGGACAUUGUGAAUCAUCUUGCGGUAUACAAGAAGUGGUAGCACCAUCUCUCCUGGAAAUAGAAAUCUGA